CCCUGAAAUAGGCCAAAAUCCUUCACGUGCACACUACAGACUCUGGACUCCAAAGUAACACAGUGGUCUCACCUGCCCACAGAUUUACUCUCUCCUGGAAAUGUGGAGCAGUCGUAUGGCACUGCGUCGGCUCCAGCACAUCGCUGCUACUUCUUUAAAUAUCACCGGGGGUCUAACAAGCAACGUGCAGAGGAAGAUGUCAACCCUGCGACGGGUGUAUGUCACCCGACAGAUUCCACCCGAGGGCCUGAAGAGCCUCCGUGAAUCUGGACAGGUGCAGUUAGAGCUGUGGGACUCAGAUGAUGUUCCUGUACCCAGGAAAGAGCUCCUGCAGAAGGUUAAAGGUGUUGCCGGUCUGGUCUGCGUGCUGACAGAGAAGAUUGAUGCAGAGUUGUUGGACGCUGCAGGUCCAAACUUGAAGGUCCUCAGUACUAUGUCCGUGGGUUUUGACCAUCUUUCUUUGGAGGAACUGAAGAAAAGAGGAAUCCGUGUGGGUUAUACUCCUGAUGUUCUGACCGAUGCUGUGGCUGAGCUGACUGUGGCUCUGCUGCUCACUACAUCCAGGAGGCUCAUAGAGGCCGCACAUGAAGCCAAGACUGGUGGCUGGGGCACAUGGAGAACUCUGUGGCUCUGUGGACACGAGCUGGCCAACAGCACUGUGGGUAUCCUGGGCCUGGGGAGGAUUGGUGUGGCUAUUGCUGAGCGUCUUGCACCUUUCAAAGUGAAGAAGUUCAUCUACACAGAUGUGGCCCCCAGGCCUGAGCUGGCCAGUAUCAUUAAUGCAGAGUAUGUCUCUUUCAACGAGAUGGCAAAGCAGUCAGAUUUCCUGGCUGUGUGCUGUGCUUUAACACCAGAAACAAAGGAGAUCUGCAACAAAAACCUCUUCUCCAAGAUGAAAAACACCUCCAUCUUCAUCAACACAAGCAGAGGUGGUGUGGUGAACCAGGAAGACCUGUAUGAGGCUCUGUCCACUGGGCAGAUUGCAGGAGCUGGGUUAGACGUCACUGUUCCUGAGCCCCUGCCCACAAGCCACCCACUCUUUACCCUCAAGAACUGUGUGAUUCUCCCACAUAUUGCUAGCGCCUCUUACACCACCCGUAAUGCCAUGUCUGCCCUAGCAGCAAACAACCUCCUCCUCGGCCUGCGGGGUGAGACGAUGAUCAAAGAACUCAAACUGUAAGAAUGAACUGGUCCACUCUGGCUGAUUACUGGACCAUCAGUUCAACUUGUAAUUAUUCCUUAGAAGAUUAAAACAAAACCACUACUUUAAGUUUUUAAUGGUGUGCUUCCUUUGCUUACAUUUUAAUCCUUCAGUCAACUCAACAUGUACAAUAACAUUACAUCUUGUCUUAUUUUUGUAUAACUUCUGUGCCACUUUAGCUCAUAUUUUAUAAAAAUGUCAACAGC